ACAUUAGAGCACAUGGUGUUAGAGCAGUGCUCGGUGUAGAUCCGGAGCGCCGCUGAUCACAUGUGGAGGUUCAGCACUUAAUGAUACAGGAUUUAUAUUAUAUACAGGAACAUGUCGCAGCUCCAGGCGAGAUUCUUCACCGAAUAUAAAAAAUUCGCUAUAGAUGAUGUUCCUUUCUCCAUCCCUGCUGCUUCUGAAGUGACAGAUCUCAGCAAUGUUAUCAACAAGCUGCUGGAAUUCAAGAUCGCGGAUCACAAACAUGUGGAGUUUGACUUUCUGGUGCGGGGGCAGUUCCUCCGUACCUCUUUGGCCAAUCACAUGGAGACAGAGAACAUCUCCACGGAAGAAGUUGUGGAGAUCGAGUAUGUGCAGAAGUUCACAGCUCCACAGCCAGAGGAGUGUAUAAUGCAUGAUGACUGGAUCAGCUCAGUGGAAGCAGACUCAGAGUGGAUCCUUACAGGUUCAUAUGAUAAGACGGCACGGAUCUGGUCUCUGGAAGGGAAGGCGGUGAUGACUGUGGCUGGACACACAGACGUUGUGAAGGAUGUAGCCUGGGUGAAAAGAGAUGGGCUGAGCUCACUGCUGCUGACCGCUUCACUGGACCAGACUGUGCUGCUGUGGGAGUGGAACUCAGAACGGAACAAAGUGAAGGCCCGACACUGUUGCCGGGGACACGCGGGGAGCGUGGACACCAUCGCUGUGGACCCCACCCGGACAAAGUUUUGCAGUGGCUCUUGGGACAAAAUGUUAAAGAUCUGGUCAGCAGUUCCCACAGAAGAAGAAGAUGAAGUGGAGGAGCCCAACAGGCCUCGGAAAAAACAGAAGACUGAACAGAUGGGACUGACGCGGACUCCUUUAAUGACUCUAUCAGGCCACGGUGAAGCUGUCUCCUCUGUUCUCUGGACGGAUGCUGAGGAGCUGUGCAGUGCCUCAUGGGACCACACCAUUCGGCUGUGGGAUGCUGAGACGGGUGGGCAGAAGAGCAUGCUGACGGGCAGUAAGGUGUUUAACUGCAUCUCGUACUCACCGCUGUGCCGCCGUCUGGCCUCAGGAAGCACAGACAGACACGUGCGCCUUUGGGAUCCUCGCUCUAAAGAUGGAUCUCUGGUUCUGUUAUCUCUGACGUCUCACACUGGCUGGGUAACGGCGGUCAGAUGGUCUCUCUCCAACAACCAUCAGCUGGUCUCCGGCUCUUUUGACAACAUGGUGAAACUGUGGGACGUCAGGAGCUGUAAGGCUCCUCUCUAUGAUCUGGCAGCUCACGAGGACAGAGUGAUGUGUGCUGAUUGGACAGAAAGUGGGUUAAUCCUAAGUGGAGGGGCGGACAACAAGCUGUACACAUACAAGUAUGGGACAUGUGUCUCUGAUGCUGGGGCGUGAUCCCCUGCCUGCAUUACCCAGCAUACACCUGGACACAUCAACCCACAGUGCAUUUGCAUCAUGGAAAAGCAGAUACUACAUCUUGACUCACCGUUCCAGUGCACACACCAUGGCUAACAAGAUCUUGCAUCUUCAGAGCAGGACUGAAUAAAGAGAAUCACUCUGUAGUGGAUUAAAACCAUGUUUUAUUAUUUUAUA